CACGAGAAACCAAUGAUAUUUGUAUGAUGAGAGGUGUGUAAGGAUCCUCUUUGCUGACUGGUAGACCAGCGAGGACAAGAACUGAUAAGAACACGGUAAUAUUAGCGAUAAAAAAACAUACACACACACACAGGAAAUCAUGGAGAAUGGUUUGACAAAUGGCAGUUCUGUGAGAGAGUGGAAGAGACCCGACCUCCCUAGCAAGUGUACCUAUCAUGUUGGGGCACCCAUCACCGACUCUCCACAUCCUCAUCAAAGGAGGUCUCCCAGACCAAAAAUUCUGCCAAAUAUCUUAUACAGUAUCGGAGACACACCCCUCGUCAGGAUCAAUAAGAUCACUAAAAGCAUGGGAGUGAAGUGUGAAGUUUUGGCAAAGUGUGAGUUCUUCAACGCUGGUGGCAGUGUUAAAGACCGCAUUGGGCUGAGGAUGAUCGAGGAUGCAGAGAGGGCAGGGAUACUGAAGAAAGGGGACACUUUGAUUGAACCCACAUCAGGAAACACAGGCAUUGGGAUAGCAUUAGGUGCAGCAGUGAAGGGUUACAGGUGCAUCAUUGUCAUGCCAGAAAAGAUGAGCAAAGAAAAGGUGGACGUGCUGAAGGCACUUGGAGCCGAGAUUGUGAGGACGCCAACCAGCGCCAGCUUUGACUCCCCUGAAUCUCACAUCGGUGUAGCUCACACACUGUUGCAUGAGAUUCCCAAUGCUCACAUUUUGGAUCAGUACCGUAACCCUAGCAACCCUCUGGCCCACUAUGAUGGGACAGCAGAAGAGAUAAUUGACGCUUGUGAUGGCCAGGUUGACAUGGUGGUGAUCGGGGCAGGCACUGGAGGCACGUUGACAGGAAUUGCCAGGAAAAUACGAGAGAAAUGCCCCAACUGCAAGAUUAUUGGGGUGGACCCCAUGGGAUCUAUCAUAGCAGAGCCUGCAGAGCUGAAUGACAGUGACACCAGUUUCUACGAAGUGGAAGGCGUUGGCUAUGAUUUCAUACCCACAGUGUGCGAAAGAGCGUAUGUAGAUCGCUGGUACAAGUCUCAGGACAAGGAAUCGUUUGUGAUGGCCAGGAGGAUGAUCAAGGAGGAAGGAUUGCUGUGUGGUGGCAGUUGUGGCUCCAACAUGUAUGUGGCACUACAGGCGUGUCAAGACUUUGGACUGAAGGAGGGCCAGCGGUGUGUGGUUAUACUGCCAGACUCGGUCCGAAACUACAUGACCAAGUACCUGAAUGACGACUGGAUGAUGGAGCGCGGGUUCAUGAAGGAGAAAGACGAAGUGGACCCCGGCAACCUGUGGUGGUGGAACCUUAAGGUCAACGCCCUGCCUCUUCACGCCCCGGUCACAGUCCUGCCCACGGUCAGUAUUAAAGACACCCUGGACUUGCUGGCCAAGGAGGGGUUUGACCAGGUCCCUGUGGUGGAUGAGUCGGGAGACAUCAUCGGCAUGUUGACGUUGGCACACAUUCACUCCCAGGUGUUGAGGGGCAAGGCCACCACCGCAGACCCCGUCAGCAAGGUCAUCUUUAAGCAGUUUAAACAGGCUCCUCAGGUGCGUUUGGACACAUCACUGGGCAAGCUGUCCCGAAUGUUGGACACUGACCACUUUGUCCUGGUGGUACAUGACCAGAGGCAGUAUGAAGGCAAUGCCACAGAGUCUAAGAAGCAGAUGAUCUUUGGCAUUGCAACCAGGAUCGACUUGCUCAGUUUCAUCACCCGUAACAAGGAUAUGUAUGUCAGCAAUGGGGUGUAAGAUGUACCAGAGAAGACGUCUCUUCUAAUACUAUGAGCAACACAGCAUAAUUCACCUUGUUAUAGGUGUUAGAUUUAGAUUUUAAAAGUCAUUUUUUACAUAGUAAGAUCAUGUAAUUUCACGUCAAUUCACUUGCGCUUCAUGGUGUGUUAUUUAUAGAUUUUUCACUUACUCCACCACAUUUCAUUCAUAAUAUGGCUAUAUCUGCCUGGUAUCACGUGCAUGUGCAACAACAUAUGAAGUAAUAUUUGAAAUUACUUAGAACUACAAGUUGUUGCUCUUACUGUGCAUCAUUUUGUUUCACAAAAUCUUUGCUUUUCUUCACCAUUCUAUUAUCUCUAGUGCAGCUGCAAAUUGAGAUGUUGUUAUUGUGUUUUAAUUUACAAGGUUUCACAGCUGUUUCCCCUCAGCAUAAUCACACAGUUAAAGUCACUAAUAAAUUGAAUAACAUCAUUCACCACCCAGUAGGAAUGCUAUAAUUUUAAGAAAUUAUGACUUAAUAAAAUACAGCAUGUGUACAAUUCACAAUUCUCCCCCAUUGAAAAGACUGAGAUAUUACUGUUACAGUAGUUGUGCCCCAUGCUUUACAUUGUAGCAUUUCAAUAACUGGACUAUGAGCAUUUUUAACUUAAUGGCAUGUUAAAACAGACAUUCCACAUUAAUUUAUCACUUCUCAUGUGUAGCAUAAUAGUGACAGAGUUAACCCUCAGCUUGGAACAAACAAAAUGCAUAAAAAAACUGAAACAUUUGUAGGUUUUGGCACAGGGCCUUUUUUUAUUUUAUUUUAUUUUUUUUUUUGACAAAAAAAUUUAAUAGGUUUCAUUUAAAUUGAAAAAGAAAAAGAAACUUAAGAAUAAAUGGAGUUGAAGUGUCGAACAUGUUAUGAGGUUGAUUAUUUACAUGAACUUGUAGUAUCACAGAGGGUCUUUAGGGUUAAACGGUCAAGAAAUGAGAAUUUUGUUAUUACUGGUGAAAAUGAUUUCACAGUCUGGAAUGUUAGAAAGGUAUGAACAUCUUUCAAAUGGUAUAGUUCAAAUUCUAUUUAAAAAGUACUAGCUUUAGGGCUAAGGGUUUUAGAAAGAAUUAUCAUUUGUGAUGUAUUUUUAGGUAAAUGUUAAGAAUUUUUUUUUUCGCUUUGAGUUUUUGUUAUGUAUAAUAUAUAUUUCAGGCUUGUUG